GCCACGUGGUGGGGCCGGGAAGCCGCGGCCGCCGAGUGCCCGGGCGGCUGCCCCAGCUGGGCAGUGCUGCUGUGCGCCGCGCAGCGCUCGGUGCCUGCGCCCCCCGCUCCCCGCCAGCCGCCCCGGGGCAGCAGGCGCGCCUGGCGGCCGAGCGGGCAGACAAAGGAGGCGCGGCGCGGCGGAGGCGGCGCGCGGGCGCACGGACCAUGGACUCGGAGCGCCGGCGGCCGGUCCCAGCCCUGAGGAGCCGGCGCUCCCGGGCCCGGCCCUAGGCGCCCGGCCCCGCCGCCCGGGGCGCGCAGCGGGAGGACGCGGAGCCCGCGCGGCGCGGAGGAGGCGGCGGCCGGCCCGCGCGGCCCCCGGAGCCAUGGGCAAGUGCAGCGGGCGCUGCACGCUCGUCGCCUUCUGCUGCCUGCAGCUGGUGGCUGCGCUGGAGCGGCAGAUCUUUGACUUCCUGGGCUACCAGUGGGCACCGAUCCUCGCCAACUUUCUGCACAUCAUGGCUGUCAUCCUGGGGAUCUUUGGCACCGUGCAGUACCGUUCCCGGUACCUCAUUCUGUAUGCAGCCUGGCUGGUGCUCUGGGUCGGCUGGAAUGCUUUUAUCAUCUGCUUUUACUUGGAGGUUGGACAGCUGUCCCAGGACCGGGACUUCAUCAUGACCUUCAACACAUCUCUGCACCGCUCCUGGUGGAUGGAGAACGGGCCUGGCUGCCUGGUAACCCCUGUCCUGAACUCCCGCCUGACCCUGGAAGACCACCAUGUCAUCUCCGUCACGGGCUGCCUGCUCGACUACCCCUACAUCGAAGCACUCAGCAGUGCACUGCAGAUCUUCCUGGCCCUCUUCGGCUUUGUGUUCGCCUGUUAUGUGAGCAAAGUGUUCCUGGAGGAAGAGGACAGCUUUGACUUCAUCGGUGGCUUUGACUCCUACGGGUACCAGGCGCCCCAGAAGACGUCGCAUUUACAGCUGCAGCCUCUGUACACGUCCGGCUAACUUCUGCUCAGCGCCCACCCCGCGGCCACUUCGCCUGUGGCUGGACCGACUACACCACCUCCGCCACCGCCGCCGCUCAGGCCCGCAUGGGCUGGCGCGCCCCAUGGCGGCCUGAGGACCGACUGCAGCCUUCGCUGGCUGCCCAUGGCUGGGCAGCGGACUUGGACUUGGCCCUUGCCCAGGCUCUGGGUGGGGCAAGUUGGGGUGCGGGAGGGGGAUCUCGGGGUUUGUAUUUUUUUUAACUCAGCCUUGGCCGGCGCUGGGGCCUCCCUCUGUCCCCCAGCCUCUCCCUGCCACCCUCCCCUCAGCAUCCUGUCCCCUGUCCAGAGAGAAAAGGCAGAGUGGACAGACUCACCCCAUCUCUCUGCACUCACUCAUUCCCGGGCCCCGGGGAGCGGGAGUCCUGGCUUCUAAGCGCUUCUCCCUCACUGACUGUGGGGCCUGGCCCUGGAAGCCCUCUCUGGGCCUCAGUUUCCCCACCUCAGAUAAUUAAAAUCACCCCUUAGCCAAUGGAACGCUUCCCAGCCUUCUCAUUUGACUCUCAGCCCCCCCUAACCCUCACCCCCCUGUGGUAGACUGAGACUGUCAUUCUCCUUGGGAACUUCGGGUGGGAACUGUAGCUCAGAGAUAUGAAGGGACUUGCUCAGGGCCCACACCGGGCUGCGAUGGCAUUUACUCCAAACCCCAUGCCUAGUCUCUGUUCCAUUUCCAAGCUCCUUUUCCCCAGGACCCUCUAGAACUAUGUGAACCCCCCUCCCCCCCACACACAGCACUGAUGCCUUGCAGCUACCACUCACCACCAACCCUCUUAAAGCAAUAUCCCCUUUCUCUGGCUGGAAACGGAUCCAGGGGAACUUGAAGCCCUGAACCUAGACCGCUGAGUCCAACCUGACCGCGGGGACGCCUCCUGCUCACCCUCGGCCUGCCCUUGGCAACCUUCCAAGUUCUCUCCAGUCCAAGAAGGGAUCAUGACUCAGUCAUGCAUCACUGCGCUGGUCCCUGGCACUUGUGGCACAAGUGUCUGCCACACCCCACCCCACACCCACCUGGCAGCACCACCACUGCCCCCCACCUGCUCUGGGAAAUUCAGCCUGUAGGAAACCUGAGGUUCCAGAGUGGACAAGGCAGAGCUGGCCCAGCCUCAGUCUCUGACGCGGGUAAUGUCCAGCACCAACCUCUGAAGGGCAGAUGGGGCUGUGGGCCCUGGUUCCUGGAGCUCUUUCCUCCCAUGGACACCUCCACAGCGGGAGCAGGACAGUCAAGGUCGCUCCCUGGUUUGGGAGGAGGGAGCAGGCCUGGAUUGGGGCCAUGCCCCAUGGUUCUCUGGCCUUACUCCUGGCUCUGUGCUCAGGGAUCACUCCUUGGUGGGCUCAGGGGACUAUAGGGGGUCCUAGGGCUCAACCCCCAGGCUGGCAAGGCAAGCGCCCUCCCCGCUGUUUGUCCCACCGGCCGACUCACCAUGCCUCGAGCAGGGUGGGGUGGAGCGUGGAGAUGCAGGGAGUGGGUGGCGUGUGGGCCAUGCACAGCGGCCUUAUGGGGGUAGGGGUCCUCUCCCCAACACUCCUUGCUCUCUGUUCACCCCUCAAGCUUUCCCCAUCAUCGAAGGUCAAACAGCCUCCAGAGCUGGGCCUUGUGCCUCCAGCCCACUGCAGGGGCUUCUCCAACCACCACAGACCCCGGGGUUGGCCUGGUCAGCCUGAGGGUGCAGCCUCAAGGAAUUCUCCGGACCCCAAUCCUUUCCUCCCACCCAUGCCAGCUGUCAUCUCCCUCCCCAGCUUUCCCUGCCCCUUUUCUAUUCAACAGGUUCAGCCACUGGUGCUUUGCAGCCUAUUGUUUUUAUAAGAUCGUCUCUGCCAGGGCCACGUUCUCUUCCUGAGGCCAUGCAAGGUGGACUCUGUGCAGUGGCGGAUUAAAGACUGGUGUUUGCUUCU